AUGUCCCUGGACGAGCUCGCUGGGUUCUUGGAGCAGCAGACCGGCGUGAGCAUCCAAAAAGCCAUCGAAAAGGGCUACCCAGCCUAUGCAGAGCGCAUCGGCGUGGAUGCGCUGCUGACAAAGCUGAAGCAGACGGCGCUGUCCAAGCCCAUCCCGAGAGCCCCCGGCCAACCGGGUAUCAAGGCUUUGGCGACGUUCCUCUACCACGAGCUCCUGACUGACGGCCAGGCGAGCGUGCAGGAGAUCAGCCCACCGCGCCCCCAGGCGGCUGACAGCACCACGAAGCGCGAAGAGCUCAGGCUGCGCCGAGCUAUUUCGGCCAAGGCAGCAGCUGCGCCGACCGGCGGCCCCCCGCUUUUCGAGAAGCACCUGCUGGCGCAAGUGCGCGUGGCGCAGCCGGAGGAGUUCAAGGCUUUCGUGAAGGCCUUCCUGCUCAAGGUGGCACAGCCUACAUACAGCCACUCCAUCUUCUUCAACGCUCGGACGCGGGUCUCCUGGCAGAUGUGCCCAGAGGCCACGCAGCUGGUCGCUGCAGCGCGCAUCUUGCGAUUCCUUCUUCGGCUCCCUGGCUUUUCGAACUCAAAGGUUCAGGUGGGGUUUCGCUGUUUGGGAUUUGCCAUUCGGGGUUAA